ACGGAGGAAAUGACAGUAGAGGAGACGAAAAAUGAGUUUUUCGAUCUGACAGGAGAAAGGACAGAAGACAUUCUGGAAUUGAAUAAUACAGAGUUGAAUGUUCCAUCAAAUGAAGUUGAAAUCCCUCCUGUGGUUGGUGUAUCAAACUGUAGGAUGUCAUGUGAAGUUUGGGAGCAUGUUGAUAGUGUUUAUGGGCCACAUGAUCUUGAUCAAAGUUUCUUGAUACCAAUCAACAUGGUAGGGUCGACUGUGCAACAAUGCCACCAUAGUGGAAAUCCAGCACCUUGCGUAAAGUCGUACCUGAAGUUGUCGCGUGAGGAACAAGCUAAAAUGCAUAUUUUACCUAAACAAGCAAAGCCUUCAUAUCUAGGGAAGUUGAAGACUGUGUCUUCUUACAUACAGAAUCAGAUUUGUCACUUGAGUGUAAAGGAAAAAUUUAUAUUUCUCAUAAAUCAGGCUAUUUUGAAACUGCAGUUUUUCGCUGGGUACUGACAUAGCGAUGUAUCCUUAAUUUUAACACAGGAGAUUAAGAAAAUACCAGAUGGGAAUGGUUUACUAUUUAGCCAUACCUUUGGUAAGGCGAUGCGUAGGGGUAAUGGGACAGUUAACAAGUUUGUCAUAAGGAAAUAUACAGAUGAGACAAUUUGCCCAGUUGUUGCCCUUGAUAAGUAUGUCAGACUUGCCAAUCUUGGGGACUUCACCACUGGUUUCAUCUUUAGAAGUAUGUCGGAAAAUGGGCCUGUUUUUUAUUGCCAGCCCAUUACUUAUUCAGUUAUCCAUAACAGGUUAAGAACAUAUUUAGCAGUUUUAGGAACUGAUGAGAGUGAAACUCCCCACAGCCUAUGGGUGGGAUGUGCUGUGAAACACGUUGGUUGGUCUAGUAGUAAAAUGGCAGAAUACUAUAGCAGGAGCCCUUUGUCAAAAGAUGCUAAAAAUGUAGGCCAGCAGCUGACGGAUAACGUUGGUAAGGCAGAUGAAAUAGAGAAGCUGUCCAGGGAUAACAUUGAGAGUACUGUACUGUUACCAGCUUUUGUAUAA